GCAAUUCUAGUCAAGAAAGGUAGUGAUGUCUUAAUAACUUAAAAAAACUUGUUUUUAUAUUUAGAAUUCAUGGUAAACUAUUCAACUUUGUUUAGUUUCUGGAACUGGAGAAGAUGAUAAAAGUUGACUCAUAAAGGAAUAUAAAUGGCAUUCGAACAGAGGAGGUGGCUGCCGUGACAAAGGGGCCAUCUACCAACCCUGACUCUGAAUGGGAUGGUCCCAAGCACUCAGUAAUUCCUAGUAAGAGCCAAAUGACCACCCCGUCGGAGUCUCCACAAAGCUUUGAGUUUGGCUCCCUUUCCAUAAGCAGCAAGGAGACAGAAGAGAAGGAGCAGGGGGCAGCUGGCUAUCUUGAUGUUAAGGAAAUGCCAAGAGGCUCAAGUGGGGAAUGUAUAGGAGUGGAGGAACAGGCCAGUGCCUUAAAGUUCUCAGUAUCACCAGCCUCCUCUCAGCUGCAACUUGGUGAAAAAAAGGCAGAGAGUAGUGAAGAACAUGUUACACCAGGAGAGCCACUUGGAAAGCAAAAUGGAUCAUUUCAUGACUCUCGUGUGGGUAACCAGUUCCCCACCCUCAUUCGAAGUUUCCAGGUAGUAACCGAUUCAGUGAUGCAGGUCUAAUGACUCACUUUGGGAGAGGGCCAGAAUCUUCUCUGUGGAGGAGGUGGUGGUGGUGGUGAGGGCAGUCGCCUCUCUGCUUUUUUGAGAAUCACAGAAUAAAAGCGAAGCCCUUGAUUACUACAAAUAAAUUUAUUCAGAGGAAUUAACUCC